AUGCAACAAGGUCCUGAUUUAAUUCUUGAAAGACUAGAUAAAUGUCUAAUAAGCCAAACUGCUGAAGAUCUUUGUCCUAAACUUUGUGUCAACAAUCUCCCCAGGGACUCUUCUGAUCAAUGCCCAAUGCAUAUAUGUUUUAAUUAUGAGGAUAUUUGUAUGCCUAGACCCUUUCACUUUAUGGCUAUGUGGAUUAAGGACCCUACCUGCAGAGACAUUAUUGCUAACUCUUGGUCAGUUAAUAUGGUUGGUUCCCCUGCCUACAAGCUUAAAGCUAAAUUGUUAAGUACUAAGAAAGGUCUAAGAGAUUGGAAUAAGUCUUCUUUUGGUAAUAUUCAAACCAAUAUAUCUACCAUUAGAAAAGACUUAGUUGAUCUCCAACUCUCUAACCCAACUGAUACCAAUAAUACUUCUAGACUCAAAGCUAGACUUGAGUACCUUUAUAAUUUAGAAGAGUUAUAUUGGAAAGAUAAAUCUAGGGAGUUUCAAGAUGAAAUUCUUGCCGACCUUCCUAUUAAAUUUUCUGUUGAGGAUAUUGCAUUGUUAAAUAUGCCUCUUACUCCAGAGGAAAUAAAGAAUGUUGUUUUCCAAAUGGGAGGAAAAAAGGUUCCUGGACCAGAUGGUUUUACUGGUCUUUUUUACCAAAAAUAUUGGGAUAUUGUGGGAGAUGCUGUCAUUGAUAUGACACAAACCUGUUUCAGGACAUGGCAUAUUGCUAAGAGGAGUAUUUCUAGUAAUAUUCUGCUUGCCAAUGAGGCCAUAUAUGUUUUCAACCAUAAUGACAAAGUUGAAGGCAUAGCUGCCAUCAAACUUGAUAUGUCUAAAGCUUAUGAUAAGCUUGAAUGGGAUUUUGUAGAAAAGGUUUUAACUGAAAUGGGUAUGUCUAACCAAUGGGUUAAGCUCAUAAACCAGUGUGUGCCCAUUGUCUCAUACUCUGUCCUUCUUAAUGGGAGCCCAACUGGUUUUUUCCAGCCUGAAAGAGGUCUCAAACAGGGAGACCCUCUUUCUCCCUAUCUUUACAUCAUUUGCUCUGAAGCUCUAUCUUCCUACACUUAUAGUCUUCAAAAAAAGGGUAUUUUAGAAGGCAUCAAAGUUUGUAAAGAUGCACCUGAAAUGACUCACUUUUUGUUUGCUGAUGAUUCUCUCUUAUUUUCUAAAGCUAUUACUCAGAAUUUUCAAGUCAUUAAAGACUAUCUCCAAAAGUACUGUCUAGCCUCUAUGCAAGAAAUAAAUUUUGAAAAAAUUGGCAUUAUGUUUAGCAUGAAGAAUCCUGAACAUAGGAAAGCCUUUUUGGCCAAUAUUCUAGAAAUUUCCAGCAGGGAUUUAGGACAAAAAUAUCUUGGCACUCCUACUGUGUUUCAAGCCUCUAAAAUCCAAACUCACAUGGGUAUUCUCCAAGAUGUUGAUGCCAGAAUAUCUAUCUGGCUUCAUAAGCUCCUAUCCCAAGCUUCUAGGACUACUCUAAUUAAGCACAUUGGCCAGGCUAUCCCCCUUUUUCAAAUGGGAUCCUUUCUUAUUCCUAAACAUCUUUCUGAAGGUGGUUUGGGUUUUAGGAAGGAUGAAUUAAAUAAUCUGUCUAUGCUGGCUAGGAAUGCCUGGAGAAUCCUGGAAAAUCCUAAUUGCUUAUUGGCCACUGUUCUUAAGGCUAGAUACUUUCCUAGAGCUGAUUUCUUGAAUGCCAAGUGUACUGGUAAGUGCUCUUGGACUUGGAAGUGUCUUCAUGCCAUAAAGGAACUAAUCAAGCCUUUCAUAUCUUGGAUUGUUGGGGAUGGUCAAUUUAUUGACGCAUGGUGUGAUAAAUGGAUACCUACUUUGGAUUCUGCUACACCCAACCCUCUAGUCCCUCCUGAUCCUAGUAUUAAAGUGUCUUAUUUUAUUGAUCCUCAAUCUAGAAGUUGGGAUGUGAGGGCUUGGGAUCUUUCAAAGAACGGUAAGUUUUCUUCUAAAUCUGUCUACUUGGGUCUCAGAGGCCUUAGUCCUUCCCCUUGUAAAAACCUUUGGAAGCGUAUUUGGAAAGUUAGAGUUCCUUACAUAAUUCAGGUCUUUUUAUGGAGAGCAGCUAGAAAUGAUUUGCCCUCCAGAACUAUCCUUCACACUACAAUGCCUAUGCAUAGUGUGGAUUGUCCUAGGUGUUCUGAUCCUCAUGAAACUAUUAUGCAUGCUCUGGUCACUUCUCCCUUUGCUAGCAGAGUCUGGUUCAUCUCUGAUUUCAACAUAAAAACUCAGUUUUUCCAAAAUAAGUCUUUUAUUGAUUGGCUUCUUUUCUGGUUAAUUGAACCUCAAUCUAAACUCCUUGAGGAUGAUCAAUGUCUUUUUGUGGCUAUUUUAUGGUCUCUUUGGACUAGUAGAAACAAUUUCAUCUUUCAAAACACUAGGGAAAAUCAUACUUCUGUCCUUGCUAGAGCCAAAGCUAUGCUUCUCACUAGGAAGACUAGUUUGCCUGGCUCUACUUCUUUCUCUGUCAGUAUUUGUGAUAAAUGGAUGCCUCCCCUUAUUGGUUGGAUUAAAUGCAAUACUGAUGGUUCCUUUGAUAUUAUCUCUGGAGUAAAUGGUGCAGGGUAUGUGAUGCGAUAUUUCUCAAGAAAAGCAACCUUUUGUGCAUCCUUAGUUUUUGGAGGAACGUCUAACUCACAUCAUCAUAGAAAGUGA